UGCUGGUGGUGAUUUCAUGAUUCGCAUGACGUCGCAGCCAUCCCGCAGCAUAUCGUCAUCGCCCGCCCACCCGGACAUUCCGUUCAUACAAUAUCAACCCCAUCAUCCCUAUCAUCCCUCCUUACAUCUGUCAACCCAUCUUUAACUAGCUCCAUAAAUUUUGCGGCUUUUUAGCGCCUGGGACGAUUCUUCUCCGUUGCGAAUACCCUAACACAAACGACGCGCUUCACCGCACGCGACUGUCCGAGACUAGACAUAUCAUAUCCACUAUCACAUACAAAGCCCUAAGCUGUCGAAAUGGCUAUGAACGCGAUUCAGCUCGGUCUCCGACUGUGGGAGUUCCUAUGGACCCUGCUGGUCAUGGCCCUCAUUGGUAACAUGAUCGCGGGUGCAUUCAGCGGAAACCCUGCGACCGUCAACUAUGCCAUGUUUGUUUCGGCAUUUUCCAUGUUCACACUGUUCUACUUGGUGCCGGCAACGAUUAAUAUCGACUGGGCGAUCCACCCGAUCAUCGUGAUCGUCGUGGAUACUCUCAAUGCGAUCUUCUUCCUUACGGCCGGUAUCGCAUUGGCAGCGAGGCUCGAGGCCCACAGCUGCAGCAAUAACGAAUACACUCUCCACAACGAGAUAACCAACGGCUCCGUGCACCGUGAGAAGCGUUGUCGUGAGGCGCAGGCGUCGACUGCUUUCCUUUGGCUUGCCUGGGCUGGAUACACGGCUUCCAUCGCGCUUUCAACUCUGGCGGCCCGCCGAGCCGUCAGCCAUCGCCCUCGGGUGGGUCCUGCCCGUGGAGCCCGCCCGAGCAUGGCCCAGGUCUAAGGAGAGAAAUCAUGGGGAACAGAGUAAGAUGGCCGUCUCUUCGGAUUUGCUAUGAGGAACUGACCGUGUUACUUCAGACAGGAUCUACGGUGCCAGCUGUCUGGUAUCCCAUGAUCUUACCUGUGCAACUGCAUGAGUCAUAUAGCUUAUGUUUUAGUCAGUAAUCGUAUGACGUGUAUACGUUGUCAACGCUUUGGAAACGCCGUCAAUUGAUGAACACAACCUAUCGUGUCUCGCGGUAAUAUGAAAAACGACUAUGCCUGCAAUUCUAUACUAAUUACAUACAUAUGUUAAUAAUACUCUACGGGUUCGUGAUGGAGUUGCGGGGCAGUAUAUGUAUAUCCACUCUAGCUGUGGGCAGGCAGCUAAGAGCGAAAUGGAUAUGGAGGAGAUGGAGAAUAAUUAGGUGAUUCGGAGAAGGUUGGAGUUUUGUAUCUACUUUGCUGUAUGUUUGAUAUCGUAAUGUUAUAUGAAGCUUAAGUUUGAUA